UUGCCACCCAAGCCGAGAGAUCCCAGAUAUCGCACCCAAUCCCAGGCUGGGGAUGGGGAGGUUGGUGAGGUCGCAGUCCCCACUCCUCGCACCAGGAGGUGCCCGAGAAGAUUCGGUCGAGGCCCAGGAAGCGGGAGGGACGCGAGCCGAAGCGCGGAGCCUGGCGUCUAGCUCCCCCGCGUGCCGCAGCGGCGACCCUUCCUCCUUGGUUGUUCCUUUUCCUCCGAGCGCCAGGAGGAGGAAGCUCCCGCCAGCGUCUCCCACUUCUGGCGGCUGGAGGAGGGGGCCACACUGAGGAAGUAAGACAGGGAGCAAAGGCGGCAGGGUUCAGGCGGACAGGAAGCGGGAGGCGGGUGUGAGAUAGGGUCCAGAGGCUGGAAGGGAGCCCGGGGACGACCGGAGCGGCACACGCUCGGAAGGCGGGAGAGGGCAAGGAGAAGGCUGCCUUGGGGAUCGGUGCCCCAGUCCCUCGAGGAGCCUCCGCCAACUCCGCAGGACCCCGCCGGGAACCAGAGCCCACCCCUUUACCAAUCACCGCCCGCUUUCUAUCGACCGAUGGGGCCUAUAGCCAAUAGGAAGAGCGGAUCCCGAGAGGCCCGGAAUGAGGAGGAGGAGCUGGCAAAACUUGGAGGUGUGACUAGCGCUGUGGAGGCGUGGUCACAGAUUAAGCUCCACCCCAGGUUGUCGAAACCUUGAGUAGAACUGAUGGGCGGGAUUAAGAUGGAGCGGACGACCAAACACAAACUCUUGAGCGAAGGCAUGGCCAAUUGGGCCGGGGUAGAGAGGUGGGGUGUUGCGGGGAAAUAUAGCCAAUAGAGAGUAGAGACCGGCGGGUACUGUAGAUUCUCUCCCAAUAAGAAGCGGGAAGGGCGUGCCUUGCCACUUUCUCCAGGGCUAAGGGAGGAUUUGCCGAAACUUCCCGAAGCCAGCCAAUGAGAUCGGAGGCGGAGCCAAGCUCGGCCAACCAAAAAGCCGAGCUGAUCUCUCAGCACCGUUACUGGGGCGGUGCCUAUAGUCUUCAAGCCACUAGCUCUGGUCAGGGGAGGCCCCGGAGCCUUCCAAUGCGGGACGGAGGCAAGCUCUAGUUCUCCCAAUCGCUGCGCGGCGCUGGCAAUUCAAACUGACACCAGGUUGGAGAGGCAGGAAAAGCGGAAGAGGGAGCAAAAACCAACGUGUUCGGUGACAGACCCCGGCGCUGACUGAGCCCCAAAAGCGACUUCAGCCCUGCCCCACCACCACCACCACCGCGCGCCGGGGGAACGGCCGCUCCGGGAAGAGACCUGAGGGGACUGCGGGGGGCAAGGGGGACAGCCGAGGGGAGGGAGGACGCGAGAGAAACGGCGCGAGCGCGAGCGCGAGCACGCCGAGGGCUGGGGACGGCCAGGAGAGGGGCCCGCGGACCCGUAGAGCGGAGGAAGGUCCGGGAGAGAGUGGGGCGGGACGGAGGAGAACGCGGGAUCUCCCGUCGGAAAGAGCGAAGGGAGUUCCUGAAUCCUGGGCGAAGGAGGCGUGGUAGGGACGCUAAGCCCGAGAUCCCUGAGCUGGGAACGGGAGCGCUCUGGGGGAGGGGCUUAACGCUGGGAAAGGGACGUCUUAAAAGAGGAGAAGCUUUAAAUUAGAGACGAUCCGAGGAGGCUGCGGGAAUUGCUGGGAAGGGGCGGGAGCUGAGGGGUAGAGGACUCCUUCAGACAGGAGAAAGGGAAAGCUGUUGAGAAGUUCGCCUCAAACCCCACCCGCCUCCUCUCCAAUUCAAACUCCACUCCCUUCCCCGAAAGUUAAAAGGAAAACCAGUUUGCCGCGCCUCCCCUGUUUCUACUCAAUAAAUUUUGCUUCUGCUCCUCCACCAGGAAAACAGAAAAGAACUCAUUUCCUUCCCAGUUUUAGGGCUUAGAGAAGCUCGAGGCCUCGCAACUUGGUUUUUAGCCUAGGGGAAUCAAAGUAGUAGGAGCAUUGCUCUUGUUUCCCUUUUCAAAAUCCUACACCUCAUCCUUCCUGCGACGCCAUGACUACCAACAUUUGUAGUUUCAAGGACCGGUGCGUGUCCAUCCUGUGUUGCAAAUUCUGUAAACAAGUGCUCAGCUCUAGGGGAAUGAAGGCUGUUUUGCUGGCUGAUACUGAAAUAGACCUUUUCUCUACAGACAUCCCUCCUACCAACGCAGUGGACUUCACUGGACGAUGCUAUUUCACCAAAAUCUGCAAAUGUAAACUGAAGGACAUCGCAUGUUUAAAAUGUGGGAACAUUGUAGGUUAUCAUGUGAUAGUUCCAUGUAGUUCCUGUCUUCUUUCCUGCAACAACGGACACUUCUGGAUGUUUCACAGCCGGGCAGUUUAUGAUACUAACAGACUAGACUCCACAGGUGUAAAUGUCCUCCUUUGGGGCAACUUGCCAGAGAUAGAAGAGAGUACAGAUGAAGAUGUGUUAAAUAUCUCAGCAGAGGAGUGUAUUAGAUGAAUGGAAUUAUGAUAUAUAUAAUAUACAAACUUUUUUCUAUUUAAAAAUGUAUUAAUGGAUCAACUUUAAAAUUGUUGGUUUCCCAGUGAUCUUUUUUAGAAAACAAAAAUGGGGCAUUUGCUGAUGUAUUUAUUUGCUGUCUCUAAUUAAUUACCUCAGUUUGAAGCCAGUGGCAUUGUGCUUUUCUUCUGUUUCUACUUCCUCUCCCCUACCUUCUUCUGCCCUUUGUAGUGUAUUCUUCAAUUCAGACAGGAGAUUCUUUCAUAUAUCACUCGAUUACCUCCCAAUCUGGGGGAGUUUUUCUUACAACUUGAUACCAGAUACCAUUAAUUUUACAUUCCUGAAUAAAGGCCUAGUGUUCAGCCAUGCAUAUAUCAAGCUCAACAGAGUUUUAAUAGAGGAUUAGGAAAACAAGCUGUUAGAUUUCCAUGAGCACUGAUUCUCAUAGGUUCUAUUGGUGAUAACUGCUUUAAUAUGGAGCAAGAGUUUGUGAAUCAGCAAUUAGAAUAAAUUAAAAUUUAAAAUAUAUGGAGGAAUCCUCUUGAUUGCUCAGCAUGAUGUUAGAUAAAUGAGUUUGUCAGAAAAUAUCAAUAUAUAUUGUUUAACAAUGUUAUUUAUUUACAUUCUUCUAAAGCCAUUAUGGAUAUUGUAUUAUGAGAGCUACACCUAAAUAAGUUAUCCUGUUCCCUAGGGCUUUCUCUGUAAAUAGCAAAUUUUAGAAGAGUAGUCUGUCCUAAUUCUUAAAUAGAAAAAAACUAAAGAAGCGAUUUGCUUAAGCCAUUGUACAUUGUAUAUAAAGAGUUGUUUUGCUUUGCUUUGUUUUGUUUUUUUUAAAGCUGCGCUCAGAGCCACACAGGAAUAGGAAAAUGGGGUAGUGUUGGAUUCUGUUUUUAUGUAAAGCUAAAAUAAAUGUAUCUCUUUAAUAUCUCAGUUGUAGGGAUUUUGUCAAUACUAAAGCAGACUGACUUGUGGUUUUGUAAAUAAGGUUUAUUCUAAAAAUGACCAUUCUUCCUUUAAUUUUUUAUUAUACCCACUUAUAUGUAAAAAAUAGAGAAAUAGUACUUAAAGUA